AUGUUUUCAGGCGCUCAUAUGCAUGAAGACGAAAAAGCAGACGAAUACAAGCCUGUGGAGUGUGUAGAUGCAGAUGAACCUUCUGGAUUUAAGUACUGUGGGAAGUGUGCAAAAAGAAUAACAUUGACAGAUCAAGAAUGUUGGAGAUGUGUUUUUUGCACACAAAGAUUUCAUGAGCACUGUAAGUACAUGAUAUGUGAUGAAUGUAGUGUUGAUAUCGCAAUUAGAAAGCAGAUGAUGUGGUGUGCGCCAUUACCGAUUCAACAGGACGACAGUCCAAAGAUAUCGAUAGAUAAUUUUGAGAUCAUAAGAGUGCUGGGGAGAGGAAGUUUUGGGAAGGUUGUGCUAGCAAAGCACAGCGAUUAUGAAGAACCUCUAGCAAUCAAGAUCUUGAAGAAGGAAAAGUUUGUGAACUCUAAGGAUUUGAUGUUCCUUGAGGUUGAAAGAAAUGUACUUAGAAAAGUCUCGCUGUCCAGCAAUCCUUUUCUGAUAAGCAUGAAGUUCUGGUUCCAAGAUUCUGAGAGCAUAUUCCUUGUGAUGGAGUAUCUUUCUGGCGGCGACCUGCUGCACCAUGUGAUGAACAAAUCGUUCUGCAAAGAGCAGAUCAAGCAAUAUGCAUCAGAAAUGUUGCUUGCAAUUGAGUUUUUACACAAGGAGGGAAUAAUAUUCAGAGACCUGAAGCUUGACAACAUCAUGCUUUGUGGAGAUGGGCACAUCAAACUUGUUGACUUUGGACUGUGUAAGGAAAACAUAGGCCCAUUUGGCACGACAUUCACAUACUGCGGCACUCUUGACACUCUUGCGCCUGAAGUAAUUGCUGGCGAUGGAUACACAAAAGACUCAGAUUGGUGGUCGUACGGUGUGGUUCUGUAUGAGCUGUAUGAGAGGGAUCCACCAUUCCAUGGAUCUACAAAUGGAGAGAUAUGCAGUUCAAUUAUAAAUGCAAAUCACAGCUACGAUAGAAUCGAAGAUGAUACUGUGAAGGCAUUGAUAGACCGUCUGCUUGAGAAGGACCCAACGAAGAGAAUAGGACAUGGGGAGGCCGAUGCCAACGAUAUAAAAACCCAUGAAUAUUUUCAUGGAGUAGAUUGGGAAAGCGUGGCUAGCAAGAAGAUCAAGCCUUUGUUUGUUCCUGGCGACCUCGAGUCUAACUUUGACACUGAGUUCUUCAAGGAGUCAACCACAUUACCAAGAUCAACUGCAGAUAGGAAGAACAUAUAG